CAACCCCUCUCUUCUUAUUGUCUUUACCAAUGGCCUUCCUUCUCAAGCAAUUACCUCAAACGACGCGACCAAUGUUUGUUGCUGCUGCUACUCGUCGUGUUGCUGUCCCUACUCUUCUUCGUUCUCUCACUACUGCCGCUACUCAAGUUGCUUGUGAACCUCAUGAACCUAGUUUCUUGGAAUCUGUUGAAACUUAUUAUGAUGAAGCUGCCAAGAUCAGUAAUGUCAAUCCUGCUACUUUGAGCCAUCUUCGUGCUGUAGACUCUCUUCUUCGUGUUACCUUUCCUAUUGAAUUGGGUGAUGGCAAACAUGAAGUGAUUGAAGGUUAUCGUGCUCAACAUUCUCGUCAUCGUUUACCUGUUAAGGGUGGUAUCCGUUACUCUGAGGAAGUGGAUUUACAAGAAGUGGAAGCAUUGGCUUCCUUGAUGACCUACAAGUGUGCUGUUGUUGAUGUUCCUUUCGGCGGUGCCAAAGGUGGUGUCAAGAUUGAUCCUAGAAAGUACACUCCUGAACAAUUGGAACGUAUUACUCGUCGUUUCACCAUGGAAUUAUGUCAAAAGAACUUCUUAGGUGCUGGUACUGAUGUUCCUGCUCCUGAUGUUGGAACUGGUCCUCGUGAGAUGUCUUGGAUUAUGGAUACUUAUCGUCAAUUUAACCCCAAUGAUGUCAAUGCUGCUGGUUGUGUCACUGGUAAACCUUUAUCUCAAGGUGGUGUCCGAGGUCGCACUGAAUCUACCGGUUUGGGUAUUUACUACAGUAUUCGUGAAUUUUUAUCUUACCCUGAAGUUCAACAAAAGACAGGUUUGUCUGGUAGAGUGAAGGAUUCUAGUGUUGUGGUUCAAGGUUUUGGUAAUGUUGGUUACUAUGUCUCCAAAUUCUUUGAAAACAACGGUGCCAAGGUCAUUGGUAUUGGUGAACGCGAUUGUGCUAUUUAUGAUCCUAAUGGUUUGAACAUUGAAGAACUCCACAAACAUUAUACUGAACAUGGUACUUUCCGUGGUUAUUCUCAAACUGCACAAAUUAUUGAAGAUUCUGUCAAGAUUCUUGAAACUGAAUGUGAUAUUUUGAUUCCUGCUGCUUUGGAACGACAAAUUGGUUUGGUGAACUGUGAUAAGAUUAAGGCUAAGGUCAUUGGUGAAGGUGCUAACGGUCCUGUGACUCCUGCUGCUCAUGAAGCUUUAGAAAAGCGUGGUAUUGUUGUUCUUCCUGAUUUGUUGUUGAACGCUGGUGGUGUCACUGUCUCUUACUUUGAAUGGCUCAAGAACUUGUCUCAUGUUCGUUUUGGUCGUAUGAACAAGAAAUGGGAUGAAGCUAUGCGUCUCAAGUUAUUCACUCUUGUGGAAGAAAAUGCUGGUCGUACUUUGACUGAAGCUGAACGUAAGGCUAUUGUCCACGGUGCUGAAGAAGCUGAUUUAGUAUACUCUGGUCUUGAAGAUACUAUGAUUCAAGCUUGUGAAGAAACUCGUCAAACUGCUGCUCUCAAGAAGGUUGAUUUCAGAACUGCUGCUUAUCUUAAUGCUAUUCAAAAGAUUGCUGCUGUCUAUGAAGGCUCUGGUAUGCUCUUCAUGCAUUAGACUAUUUGAUGUUUAAUUCCUUUGAUCGUUUUUUUUUUACUGGAGUAUUUUAUUUUCUCCUGUUUGUAUUUUGUUAUAUAUUUAUCAAUUCAUCUCUUCCCUCUUUCACUAUUUAUUUAUCUAUCUUUUUUUUUUACCUGUUACAAAUUUAGAAUAUAUAUCUUUCAUUUCCUUCUUUUUUGAAUCCAAUAAAAUGAUGACUUUGAAAAGACAAA